AUGUCUAGUGAUAUAGAGGAGGAUUACGUUCCAUGGAUUCAACAGUUCUGUGAACUAUUUGGACAUGACUACUUUGUUCCUGUCUCACAGGAUUUUAUUGAAGACGAUUUCAAUUUAACAGGGUUGUCACUGCAAGUGCCAUAUUAUAGAGAAGCACUUUAUACAAUAUUAGACUACCAAGUAGAAACAUCAGAAGAUAACAAUAAUUCCAGUGGUGGGGCGAGUAAGAAUGGAAAGACUGAAUUACCUAAUAAGUCAUUGCUUGCACACUCUGCCGAAUUAUUAUACGGGUUAAUACAUGCUCGAUAUAUUAUAUCGAAACCAGGAUUAACUGCAAUGGCUAGUAAAUUUGAGAGGAACGAAUUUGGAUCGUGUCCAAGAUACUAUUGUGAUGGGAUGCACUUAAUACCAGUAGGAUCGACUGAUAUCCCGGGUCAAGAAACAGUUAGGUUAUAUUGUCCUUGUUGCAAUGACAUUUAUUUACCAUCGAGUUCAAGGUAUUUAAACAUUGAUGGCGCUUUUUUUGGUACGACGUUUCCUGGUUUGUUGAUCAAAAUGUUUCCAGAGAUUGAAAAUCAAUGUAGAAUUAGGAUAAACAAAGUGAAUCAAAAUGAUUUCGGUUUAAGACUCUUUGGUUUUAAAAUCAAUGAGCUAAGCGCAAGUGGCCCGCGUAUGAAAUGGCUAAGAUCUAACCCCCGAAGUGACGCUGAGAGAGAAGAAUACGAGAACUGCGAAACUAGCAUACCUAAUGGAUAUAAUUCUGAUGGUCAGUCUAAUAGUGAAAGUGGCAUAGAUGAUGAUGAUGACAAAACAAUGGCAAGUGAGGGUAGUUGA